GUACGAUCGCCACAGAGAGUCGAGUUUAUCUACAGGAGGCGACGCGGCCCUCGAGUCCCUGGCGCGGCUGGCUCUCCACCUCACCCUGGACCUGCAGGCAGGCUUCGACUACUACGAGCACGCCUUCUCCUCAACGGCCUUGAAGAUAAGCUACGUGUCACUCAACUACAGAAUCUUUGAGAAACUGUUAUCUGAAGAUACCUUAAAAGUGCUGACUGCAAUACAGGUGGACGAGGAUAUAGAGAACGAGGUGUGGCAGAUGUGUGGGUUGCUGCGAGACCUGGAGCUCAGCAAAGAGACGCCACACUACUACCCUCACUGCUCCACCAGCCCCUUCCUCCUCUACCUCGCUCUCGCAGAGUUCUCCAGGUUCCAGGAGCAGGUGGCGGCGUCAGAUCGUCGUGCCCUGGUGUUGGGGACGGUGUGGCGACACUUCCUGCCUUCCGUCAGCCGGUGGGUCGACGUCACCGCCUACCGCGUCCUCUGUCGCAUACGCACCGCUAUUCUCACCGACCGUGUCGCCAACACCGGAGAACCCGUCCAGUACACCACGUCGGCCGUGGACACCACGUCGUGUUUCUACCACGUCAAGACCUUCUGGAGACACUUAGCCUGGCCCGACCCGUGCUCCUCCUACUCCCUCGUCGUCAAGAUGAUCGAGGUUGGUUCAACGCCACAAAGUCCUGGCGAUGAUACCUGCUGA